AUGAGUCGUUUCAACAAUUACGGUAAAUCUGCUUGGGGCGCCAAUCGCCCAGAUACAUCUCAUAAUGAGGCUUCCCGUCGGCCGAAUUUUAAUAUCAGACGUAACGAGGCCUUCCAACGCCAGGAUAUCGACGAGGACGACUUGGAGGGUCGCCCAACCGGGGAAUCCCAUCGUGAUGACCCCGUGAACGAGAAACUUGAUCGUAUACUGGACAAGAUGGAAAAAUUUGGUCAAUGGAAGGAUGCGACAGAUCGUCGCUUAGAAAAAUUGAAUCCGGUAGGGUCUCGAGGAACCGAUCCAGCCCUAGGGUUAAACGAUCCCGACGAGGAAGAGUAUGCCGAUUUCAGACGAGGGAAAUCGGGAGACCAAGGUUUUCGCGCAAGAAACCCUAGCUACGGGGUCCGCGAUGUAGCGCCGGAAGAGCGGGCCCGUCGCGCCGAACGAAGCCACGGUGGCUCCGACUGGGACCAGCCAGCGAAUCAGUAUGGGCGUACGUGUUGGGACCCUCCCCAACGAUAUUACCCAGCCACCACGGGGUUUGACCGAAACCAGGUCUCAAUGAAACCACCCCGAUUUGAUGGAAGCGAGGCGACGAAUUGGAUUGCCAGGGUCCAAUAUUACUUCAAUCACGUUAUGAUGCCUGAUGCACAACGCCUUCACUAUGCAGUCAUGUUGUUCGAUCCGCCGGAGUCCGAAUGGGUGUUUAACUAUUGCGCGAAUAAUGAGUUUGUUACAUGGCCGGAAUUUCUGGAGGAUGUUCGACACCGUUUCGACAGGCAGAGCUUCAAGGAUUAUUUCGGUUUGAUUGCCAAGCUAACUCAGACAGGCACGGUUCUCGAGUACCAUGACACUUUCGAGAGGUACUUGAAUCGAGUCCAGGGGGUCCCGGAGGCGAAACUCUUUACCCUGUUCGUGGCAGGCCUAAAACCAGAGAUGCAAGAGCGUCUGACGUUGCACCGUCUGACCUCUUUGGCAGCAGCUAUGGCGCUAUCCUUAGAGAUUGCGGAUACGCACUCGGAACGCGCAAAUCCGCAAUCCACAUCCACCUUCCAGCGCAGACAGUGGACUGGCCACGAUAAUCGAGCCUCAGCGGGUCCGGUGGGGUCGCAGCCGUCGUCAGGAACUGUGGCCGGGGCGAAUCCCGCCCCAGGGCAGCAACAACGCCCGAAGGAGCAGGCACGCCAUCCAUUGAUUCGGGUGUCACAAGCUGAACGGGUAGAACGUUCACGCCUGGGAUUGUGUUGGCACUGCCCCGACAAAUGGGUGGCGGGACACGUUUGCAAGCAACGCCUCCUAUGCUAUGCAGAUGAAGAGGAUGUGUUGGAAGUAGAGUCAUCCGAGAGAGAGGCAGUGGAGGAACUGGAGCCGAGGGAGGUGGCGUUUAUACAUGCCUUACAUGAAGGUCGUCGGUCUCGACCACUGCGCGUAGUGGGGACGAUUCAGGGUCGUGAUGUGAGUGUGAUGAUUGAUACAGGGAGCGAUCGCGAUUUCCUCCACCCGGAUAUCGCAAAGCACUUGCACCUUCCCCUAUCCCCGAUUCGACCUUUCCGGGUGAUUGUGGGUAAUGGUGAGGCUCUUCUAUGUUCUCAUGUGUCUAGACGGACAGCGCUGGAAAUGCAGGGUUCCACCUUCUUCGUGGAUCUGCACAUCUUGCCGGUUCACGGGCCAGACAUUAUCCUAGGGAUGGACUGGCUCGAAUCCCUGGGAAAGGUGGCGGCUGAUUUCGCGGGUAAGACACUGGAAUUCAAACACGGGGAUAAAACGAUUGUGUUGAAAGGGAUGUUGCCGCCUCCUCGCCGCGCUAGCCCCCAAUUUUUGUCCUCGCUUUCAUCUUCGGGUAACGACGUGGAAUGCUUCGAGAUACUGCUACUACAGCCCGAUCUGCCUGAAUCGGUACCAAAGGGCAGGGACGAGUUUCUCGCAGGUCUGCCGCCGGGGGUGUUAUCAGUGUUGGAAGGGUUUCAGGGCGUUUUCGGCACUCCAGUGGGGAUGCCGCCAUUUCGGCCCUUUGAUCAUCAUGUGCACUUGCUGCCAGGGACACGGCCGGUUAAUGUGCGUCCGUACAGAUACCCGUACUUCCAGAAAAACGAAAUAGAAAGACAGGUCAAGGACAUGCUCGACCAAGGGAUUAUUCAGAGAAGCAACAGCCCGUUCUCGUCGCCAGUACUCCUUAUUCGCAAGAAAGACGGCACUUUCCGUUUCUGCAUCGACUAUCGGGCGCUAAACAACGCUACGGUGCCGGACCAUUUUCCUAUCCCCACAGCGGAUGAGCUAUUCGACGAACUGGGUAAGGCUCGUGUGUUCACUAAAUUGGAUUUGAGAUCAGGUUACCAUCAGAUCAGAAUGCAUGUGGAGGACGUAUUUAAAACCGCUUUUCGAACCCACGACGGCCACUUCGAAUUCUUAGUGAUGCCUUUUGGGUUGACGAAUGCACCUUCUACUUUCCAGGCGGCAAUGAAUUCUAUUUUUCAGCCCAUGUUAAGAAAGUUCGUCAUUGUGUUUUUUUACGAUAUACUAGUUUACAGCCCCUCGUUGGAGGUCCAUGGUGAACACUUGUCCGCCGUUUUGAAGGUUUUGCAAGAUCAUAGUUUCUUUGUCAAGUUAUCGAAGUGUUCUUUCUGUAGCUCCACCGUCGAGUAUUUAGGUCACUUGAUUGGCGACGGAUCACUUAAAGCCGACCCUAGUAAGAUCAGUGCUAUGACGGCUUGGCCUACGCCGAAGAAUGUGAAGCAACUACGCGGGUUUUUGGGCCUGACCGGGUACUACCGUCGCUUCAUAGCCGGGUACGCCGUGAUCGCGUCCCCUUUGACAGAUUUACUGAAGAAGGAUGCUUUUGUGUGGACUCCAGAGGCGGAAUCUAGUUUCUUGGAUUUGAAGGUCGCCAUGACAUCUGCACCUGUGCUUCGUUUGCCCGAUUUUGAAAAGAUUUUUUGCGUAGAGACGGACGCCUCUGAUACGGGUGUGGGCGCAGUUUUACUCCAAGAUAAUCACCCCAUUGCCUUUUUCAGUAGAAAAUUGGGUCCUCGCCGCCGCGUCGCUUCGACAUAUCAUAAGGAGUUGUACGCCAUAGUAGAGGCAGUUCAGAAAUGGCGUCAAUACCUACUUGGGAGGGAGUUCAUUAUUAGAAGCGAUCAGAAGAGUCUAAAGGAACUGCUCCAGCAAAUAGUACAGACGCCAGAUCAGCAGCUUUAUGUACGAAAACUCAUGGGCUAUAAGUUCAUUAUCGAGUAUAAGAAGGGGAGCACGAACCGAGCAGCUGACGUGUUGUCACGCCGCGAGGAGACUGAUCAGCCCGGCCCACAGGACUCCGCGAGAUCGGCUGCCGAGGAGGGCCCUGACGCGGAACAGUGUGGCGCGCUGCUCGCGGCAGCAUCGCACCCUAUCCCGCAGCUACUGGACUUGCUCCGACGGGAGACCAGUUCAUCCCCGGAAUUGAGAGAAAUCACGACCGACAUAAAGGAAGGGCGCGCCCGCCACACUUGA